AUGAGGAAUGGAUGUAGAUCAACAUUUAAAGUCAUUUGGCUUCGAGGAAAAUUGUUUGAAAGUGAAAUGGAAGGGAGAAUCCUCGACUUCCUGAGGAGAAAUGGUAAAUCUACCGCUUUGGUUAUUGCUAACGCUCUCAAGGUAAACCGAAGCACAGCAAACAAACACUUGUACGGCUUAGAGAUGUCAAAACGGGUGAAAAAAGACGACGGAACACCUCCUAUCUGGGAUCUAAUGCUGACUACAGAUGAUCCCAGACCAGUCCUGAAGCCUGAACCUGUUUCUGUGGAGAAAGUGAGUGAGAUCGUUUCUGUGGAGAAAGUGAGUGAGAUCGUUUCUGUAGAGAAAAUGAGUGAGAUCUUGAGAUCCGGAGGAAAAACGGGUUUAAAAGCUCAUCAGAUCGCCAGAGAUCUGGGACUGUCCAGAAAAACUGUCAAUAAACAUCUGCACAGUCUGCGGGAAAAGGGUGAAGUACAUAAAUCUGAGGAUCAGCAGUGGAUUAGUAAAGAACACCAAGACAGUCAAGCGUCGAGGGACUCCAUGGUCUCUGGUUCAGGGUUGUCUCAGUGUUUCGAUGUGAUUGAAACACUUGGUGAAGGAGGCUAUGGUUGUGUUUAUAAAGCUCAACAUAAAUAUGAUGGCAAGAUGUAUGCUGUAAAGAAAGUCGACCUGACAUACGGUGCUGAUGCUGAGGUCAAGGCUUUGGCCAAAUUAGAACAUCCAAACAUUAUACGUUAUACCACAUGCUGGCCGAGUUCUCAGAAUUGGAAGGUGUGUCAAGACACAUCUGAGCAAUCAGAUUCUUUAAUAGAUUCUUCAUCGGACUUCGAGGGAUCCUGUCAUGAAACAAGUGAUGAUGACGCAUCAGGAAUGGAGAGUCUGAGUAGAUCAACCAAAUCAGAAUCUCCUGCUAAACCAUCAAAACAUCACGGUACAGAGAGUUCAGACCCUUUAAAUCAGAGCGGAGUCUAUUUGUUCAUUCAGAUGGAGUUCUGUGAGGGCGGUACACUAACAACAUGGAUACAAGAGAGAAAUAUCAACACAAAACAAAGGAUCAAAAGAGAAAUUCAUCAAAUAUUUCAUGAAAUUGUCAGUGGAGUGGAAUAUGUUCAUUCACAAAAUCUUAUCCACCGAGACUUGAAGCCUGAUAACAUAUUGUUUGGCGCUGAAGGCAAAGUGAAAAUUGGAGAUUUUGGGCUAGCAGCUACCCUGACAAAUCCCAACGGUGCUGCUAUAUGUAGAACGAAAGGAAGAGGAACACAGUCGUAUAUGAGUCCUGAACAGGAACUUCAGAGUGAUUAUGGUGCAAAAACAGACAUAUUUCCCCUUGGACUUAUAUGGUUUGAGAUGCUAUGGAAGUUGUCUACAGGCAUGGAGAGAGUACGACUUUGGCCAGAUUUGCAAAAUCAAAAAUUUCCAGAAGGUUUCUGUGACAGACAUUCAACUGAGCAUAAAUUCAUCAGUGAGAUGCUCUCGCACGCACCGGAGGACAGACCCUGUGCCACAGAAAUAAAAGAAAAACUUGACAGCUUUUUCUCUAUGAAUCAAAAUUUGUGCCAGAACACUAUUUAAGAUGUUAGUUUUUUUUUUUUUUGCCGUUUGAAAGGACCGUAUUAACUUUUAAAAAGUGUAAAUUUUUGAAUGAACUAUUCACUGAUCUUUUAACUCAUCAGACACUGUGAUUAGUAAUGUGGGGAGUGGUUUUGUAAAAGCUGUAUGUGGAUUGAUAACUAAAGGUUUAUUGUGUGAGCGAGAGAAAUCAUGUUCUUCAGGAAUAUACUGUACAUUAUUAUAAUGGGUUGAGGAUGCCGAACACGAAUGUAUUUUACAACUUUUACACUAUGUAAAAUUAAGACAACUAAAAUAAACUUAUUUAA